AUGCACGCUUUUGUCGACAUUCUGUGUGUUGAGCUCCUCUCCGGAUGGGUGCAGAAUGUCAAAGUCCGAUCCCGUCAUAUGUGUGAGGAGUUGUCGAGCCUGCUGCUUCUGAAGUUUCGACCAGUAGCGCUUGGAGGGGCGCCCCACACACUUUGGGCACUUGAGCCCAGAUUUACGCAGUACAAGCCUAUCACCAAAGGUGCCGCAAACGGUGCAGAAAGUCUUGGAACCGAGAAUCGACGCGAAGGAUGA